AUGGGUGAUGUUGACAAUAUUGAUGAAGGUACUGCCACUAAGAUAAAGGAAGAAAUUAACUAUGUCGAAAGAUUCAAAGAAACCCAUUUGGUCCGUUACAACACAGCCUUAUACUUCAACUUCCCACUAACCAUCUACAGCAAAUAUUUUCAAAAAGUUAGAAAUCCCAUCAUUGAACCAGCCUUUAAAGAGAUUUUCAUGCAAGUUAGGGCUAUGCCACUCCAAACUGUCGAUCACCUCGACACCCUUAUCAAUUUAACUGAUAAGGGUAACAGAUAUGCACCUAACCCCGCUCCUUCAGAUCCACCUUCUGAUAAGUCGAAAGUUAAUGCUGCCGUUGUCUAG